AUGGCGGACAGGCUGAAUUUCAUCGCCGGGCUCACCAUGCGCCGGAGCCACCUUGACCUGCGAGGCAGCGCACCUGGAGGGCGGCAGAAGCCCCUUCAAAGGACAGGCAGCCGGCUGCCCUCCCGCUCCCGCCCGGCGAGAACUACAGCGCCCGUCGGCCCCUGCGCGCCGCCCCCACCUUUCCCGCCUCUCGCCGUUACCGCCUGCCUCCUGUCAGCCAGCCGCCGGACCCGGCUCGCCACAGAGGGGCUGCCGCCGCCGGGAAGUGGGGUGCUGCGGGUGGCGGCGGUAGCGGGGUGGCCUCGUCCCCCAUCCCGCGUUGGAGGAAGCGGCGUCCCUGCCGCCUCUCGCUGCCCCGUCCCGUCCGGUCCCGUCGCCGCGGCGGCUCAUGAGGUGAAGAUGGUGAUCCGCGUCUUCGUCGCCUCCUCCUCGGGCUCGGUGGCGAUAAAGAAGAGGCAGCAAGAUGUGGUGAGGUUUCUGGAAGCCAAUCGCAUAGAGUUUGAAGAAGUGGAUAUCACAAUGUCAGAGGAGAAAAGACAAUGGAUGUAUAAAAAUAUUCCUGAGGAUAGGCAGCCUGCGCAAGGCAAUCCACUGCCACCACAGAUAUUCAGUGAUGAUCGGUACUGUGGAGAUUACGAUAGCUUUUUUGAAUCAAAGGAGAGCAACACUGUCUUUGCCUUUCUUGGACUGAAACCUACUUUGGCAUCAAAGGAGUCAGAACCCUAGAAGGCCUGCCUGAAGUAUCGACAAGCACAUCUCCCGGAUGAAUGACCCUGUUCUUCAGCACACAACAGCUUCCCUAAUGGAUCACUGUGAUAGAGCAAACAUGCAUCAUUAGUAGUAGUCUGCUUGCCAUGAGUCGGUGCUCUCCAGUAAUGUGGAGUUAAUAACACGUAUAUGAAACAGGAUUAAGGCCAGGCUACUCAUCUUCCUUUUUAAAAAUACUUAUUGUUAAUGUUUCACUUUUGUCUUUGGAUUGCUUUUGCAACUGGGCACUGGUACUCUAACAGACACCUAUGUUUGAGAAUAAGGAGCGGAAGUGUAGGGCGUCUGUCAUUCAUGUCGUCUACGUUCUUAUGUAGUCAGAUUCCUUACCUCUUUUAAUUCUUCCAACUACUGUAGUUGAACUUAGCUCAUCAUGAUAGUUAAAUUGCCGGUGGUUAUUAGAACGCUUAUGCUGGCUGUGAUCCAGAAGGUAAAAAUCAUCAAUCUUAAGAUCUCAGUCUAAGCCAAUACUGCUGUAUUUUUGCUCUAUAUUUAUUUAUUGUGAUGUUUAUGUUAGAUCACGUUUAUCGUAAGAGACAUGGGCUGCUAACUUUGUUCAUGAAAACUUGAUUUGUCUAAUGAUGCACGUUGCAACUGACUGUUUAAAAACAGUUGUUAUCAUGGAGGAGAUGCCAAAGUUAAAUAUUUUGACGUGGUUCCUGUUCCAAAUGCAGGUGAAACGUGCAGGAAAACAUUUGCUGAAAAAUACUGGGUAGUUCAGAAGAAGAGGUCUCAUAGCUAAUGAUAAUAUUGUUCUCUCUUGACUGAGAAAGACUUAACACCCAAAGUUGGAGCUCUACAGUUGGACUGUCUUAAAAUGAAAUUUUGCCAAAACCUUGAGUUUACCUUCAAUAACACACAGCUCCACCAUUAGCCACAUGAGAGUCAGGGGGAUACUCUGAGAGCCAGGGCUCAGUCCCAUGGAUGGUUAAACCCUCUACCAUGGUCCAAGAACACACCUAACUCGCCCAGCUGUUGUCCUGGUUAUAUCCCUAGGUGUGAAAAUGUGGAGGUGCCUGAAAGACAGUGAGAAAGCUGAACAUGUGCUUUUCUGGAUGAAGCCACAAUGGUCAGCUCAACUGAGGAACAGGAGCCAAGUAAAGGAAGUGGGGAUUGUUCCAGUAGGACUGCAUUGAUGCACACAGCAGAACUUGGGCCCCUGACUUGCCAAUAGCCAUUACAAAAUGCAUUCUAGACAGAAGUCAAAUUGCAUUAUGCAUUUUGAAUCAAGUCUGGGUAUGAAAAUAACAGCUAUGCUGUAAUGUAGCUUUUACUCAAGUGAUUUCAUAAUGACAGGGUAGUGCCAUUCCAAUAAAUUUCUUCAUGUCUUUGGGUAAAUGAAAGACAACCAUUAUGUGGGAAAGCUUCUUUGCAAUCACAGCAUCACUCAGACUGUGCCGUGUGGUUUGAAGGAAGACAAACUUGUAAAAAGUAUCAGAAAGCAAUGCUUUGUGCAACAAAUCACAUGUUCUGUUAAAAUCAAUAACCAUGGCAUCUGAGACAUGUUAGUUGGAAGGGACAAGUGGAGGUCAUCUGGUCCAGCACUGUCAAAAUCAGGGCUAACACCAACACUAGCUCGAGUCAGAUAUGGGUUUGUUUAGCAGAGUGUUAAAAAUAUCCAAAUACAAGGAUCUCGUAACCCUCUAGGUAACCUGUGCCAGUGCUCCAGUACUCUCCUAGUGAAAACUUCCUUUUAAGGUCCGGCCUCUACUCCCAGGCUGUAAUUUGUGGCUGGUUCCUUUGCUAUGUUUUUUGGUACUCACAGGAAGAGAUUGGCACCAUCCUUUUUGUAGCUGCCCUCAAGAUAGUUGUAGGCUACCAUUAGAUUACCUCUUAGCUGCCUUCGUUACCAGACUAAACAAACCUGGCCACCUCAACCUCUUUUCACAAGCUGUGAGCUUUAGGCCCCUGGCUGCUUUGCUUUGGUGGAGGGCUACUUUUUCCAGUUUGUUUACAUCCCUCUUGAACUGAGAGAAGGUCCCAAAACGAUACUUCGGAUUUGCCUCACCAGUGCUGAGUAGAGGGGGAUAAUAACUUUCCUCAGCCUGCAGUGGUGCACUGCAUGCUUUCCCCUAUUUGCAGUGAGUACGUUGCUAGAUUACGAUCAAUUUGGCAUUCUCUAAAAUCCCCAGGUCCCUUCAGCAGGGGUGUUACUUCUGGUGGUUGCUUCCAAGCCCAUACUGCUGCCUCACCACCCCCAAGGGUAGAAGUUUCUACUUGCCCUUAUCAAACUUCCCGAUGUUUCUGUUGGCCCAACCCUCAAGGUUAUUGAGAUGCCACUGGACUGAAGCUCUGCCGGCUGUUACCAACCACCGAACCAGGUUCAGGUGUUAUUCACAGAUUUGCUGAGGGUGCAUGCUAGGUCAUCAUCCGAGUCCCUUCUCCUGUAGGGAGAACUGUAGCCUCUCAGAUUUUGGACAAGGGCUUACUCGUAACUACAGAGGUAUGACACGAACAGUGUUCACGACUACCAGUUGCUAGAGCAAAGAACAGGUUGCCUUCCUGUUUGUGUUGUCUCAGCUGCAAACUGCUUACAGCUAUGUGGCUUUUCCCUCUAGUACAAAGGCAAGAAAGCUUUGAAAAAGGAGAUGCUAAAGGAGUCCAUCUGUAAAUCAGUUUCUCUUUGAAUCCUCUGAUGCCUCCUCAGCUCAGUUAAAGGGUUGGGUGGAGCAAAAGCACACACAGAUUUCAAGUCAGUGUUCCAUUUACUGGUCAAAAUCUUAGCUACAGCACCUUCUCUAGAGGAAUGCUGAAUGGGAGUUGAUAACAGGCAUAUACAUAUCUGUAUGUGCAUUUUUAAGAAUUACGUUGUCUGUGGUAAGUUACUGUGACGUUCUUGUCACCAAUCCCGUAUUUUCAUGAGACUUGAACCUCACUAUAGGAAGGGAGUGUGACAUGAGGUGGAGCUGUAUGUUGUUAACUUCACUGAGUUCAGUAUAACUGUUCCUAAAAAAAAGGUUGAAGAAAAAUAUUUAACUUUGCAAAUGAAUACAGAUAGAAAUUUACAUAAUUACGCAGUUGAUUACAGAGAAGCCAUCCUGGAUUUAUCACGUACUUGAUAUGUUGUAAACUUUGAGAACUCCCUGAAGUUCCAGUUUCGAAAAACUUACCUAAAAGUGUGUAAGAAAAUUCACGUGAGUAAUCCUGGGCAAAAUCCCAGGUUUACUGAUGUGAAAGGCAAAACCACACUGAUUUCUCCAGGGAUGAAAUUAGUUUCACAAAACUCCUCUUGAAUUUUGAUAAUUGCAGAAUAGAAGCCUGCUGUUCAGUGGAGAGCUAGUCCUCUUACGGCCGUUAGGUAAACCGAGCUUAUUUCAGAGCACGCAUGGGGGCAUAAUCGGUCGUAUGGCGGACAGCACUAGCUCCAAAGAUAUCCUGCUUGCUUGCAUGGAUUGGCAGUGUAAGUCCCUUAGAAUAUGUGCUUUUGAAUUAUAAGUGGCUAGUUUAAAAAAAAAAAAAAAGUAUAUACGUUGCUUGAAUGUGAAUUUUGGUCUGUUGUGCGACAGCCUUAUUUUUGUAAUUAAAACAAGUAGAGUUCUAGUUUGUUACACAAGAUGAUCUGGAAUUUUUUAAACCAGUUUUGUAAUGAUGAAAUGUAGCUAUCGGUUAACUGAAAAAGUCUGUGGAAACUAGAGCCAUUCAUUGAAAGAAAUAGCAAAUUCUUAGUUUUGUUUAAAAUACUUGCAUAUAAAGGUAUGCUUGAGAACCAAAUGAUCCCGAUUUUUAGCUCAUACUUGUAACUACCCCACUUUUUAAAAGGGAGGGCAGUGUGGAUUGAACUGUAAAUCUUCGUACCUAGCUAAAGCUGCUGUGUGGGCUGACGUGCACGUGCACAUUCACUGUAUCAGUGGCUUUGAUAGAGGUGGUUUUGUUUGUGCCACACACUACUGGAUAGUGCCUUGCCAGAAAGAAGGCUGUUACUGUAGGGUCUUCUUAGAUGCGCUUAAAUUUUGAACUGAGAAAGGGGUAGUUUCUAUAUUGCUAUUUUUUUAAUAAUGCAGUAAAUUAAUUUUGAGGCCUGAGUAAAAAGACACACGCUUUGUAAGGUUGAAACAGUUUUUGAUGAGUCUUCAGAACUCUUGAUUUUUCCUAGUAUGGCUUUCUCUCUUCCCCCCACCCCCCCCCUUUCCUUUUUGUUGGCUGUCUAGAAUCAAACCUUCCAAGGGAAGUGGACCUGGAGUAAUUCUAUGUAAUCCUAGUCUGUCGUUAUUCUAUGAUUCUAAAGCCCCUAAGUCCAUGUUUACACAUUUUAACUAUCUGAUUCCAGUGUUGAGCAGCCCAAGUGCUAUCACUGAAAUGAAGAGGAGCUGCCGGGCUCUCAGUGGAUUUCUUGGUUGUCCCUUCCUGCCCUGUCCCCGCAUCAGGCCAUUUAUUUAAGGAGUCCAAUUCUGGGAAUGCUGUGAUUCAGCAGUAGGUCCCUGAGAUUUUAGGCAGUGCCUUGUGGCACUUCAUAGGAGUGCAGGAGUGGGGUCAUCACCAGGAAAGCGCCGAAUCCCGUUAGUCUUCAGUGACUUGUCUGCUGAUUUCACUAUGUCUUGGCAGCAAGUGGGAGGAGGAGGAGGGAGCCCCGCGUGUUCGCCCCGCACAGAGAGCGGGAGUGGGAGAUGUGGUGCAGGACGGCAUGUGGCUUGUUGACGGCCGCCUGAGCCGCAGUCCUCACCAGGGCCCUUGGCUGGCAGGGCCGUGCGUGAAAUGGAGCGACUCCACCUCCAUCACGGCCUAUCCUUCACCCUCUUAAUGGAUUUGGGAGGGGAAAUGGAGAACAGUUUCUUGAGAGCAGCCGGAGCAGAUCUGGCUUAUUCUCUUCUUCCUAUUCUUUACCUCUUCCUAAUGUGCUUUGUCCUGUCCCGCGUAGACCUACCUGCGUGCAAAGCUUCCACUCCCCACCAUUUGUAACACCCCUGUGAGGUCGCAAACGCAGAGCUGGUGUGUUCACCUUCACGGCGUCAGUGUUUUUCGUAACUCAGCGCGGGGAGGGAGCACGUUGCAUCCUAGGCUGUGUACACGUGGAGUUUUAAAUUAUAUAUUAUAAACCGUGUUCGUCUAAUAAAAAAUGUAAUUCAAUAAAAAAGGCAUCAGAAGAGUGUUGUGUGUGCCAA